AUGUCUUUGGAAGACGAAAUUCUCUCUAAAUCGUGUAAAGAACGGGCACAUGCAAUAUCCAACUUAGAAAAGAGCUGGAUUGCAGAUAAGUCGAGUUAUUCCAAUCUCAUACCUACGUUAUUGAAAGAAAAGAAUGUUGUCGUUCUCGAACAACUCAUUCCCUCUUUCAAGGUAUUGCCCUACACGGCUGACAUUGCGGUUUUUGUUAUCCAAAAUUUCAAAACCCCGAAGCUAAAACCGAAAGUUGUGGAUUACCUCAACUGCAAAAAGAAGCAAUUAGACAUUCAACUGCUCUUUGGUUUGCUUGAGGACAAAAAUCCCAGGUUUGUUCAGUGUUUGUUGUUAUAUUUGAUAGAAUAUUACAAUGUUCAGGGGCUUCCCACACCUGAACAAAUAGAAACUAUCAAAAAAACACUUUCAAACGCUGAUGCCAGUAUUAGAAAAUGCAGCGUUGCAAUGAUGCAGAUUUUCUAUGGUCGGGACAAGACCGUGGACUUGUCCGACUUAAAACCUAUCAUUAAGAAAGAGAUAAUGGAAGGAACAAGUGCGAGCGAAAAAAGAGAAGUUAUAAACAACAUUAGCGAGUCAAACACGCAGAAAACACACCGUGUCGUGACAAGUACAGACAGCUCGUUUGGGUGUGAAGUUGAUAAGGCGUUAAACCGGAAUAUAAAGAAAGAAGAGGAACGCGUAAUAGAAUCUGAAAUACCAAGAGACAAAAUUCCCGAUGAUAAACUUAGAGCAUUUAUGGAAAACCUUGAAGAUAAGAGCUGGAAAAUUCGGUUAGACGCUCUGCAACAACUUCAAAAUAGCACAUAUGAUCUAUAUACACUUACCAAAGAGAUUACUAGACGGCUAAGGGAUCCCAAUAACAUGGUAUUUUUGCUGGCUUUAAAUCUAGUAAAAGACCAGCAUCUGGCAUUUGAGAAGGAAGUGUUGCUGCAAAAACUUGCUGACAAGAAGUUACAAGAAAGAAUUAAGGAAGCGAAUGUAAUUGAAGUUUCUAAGGAGGAUUUUAGUACACAGAAGAAUCCCGAAGUCCUCAAAAUGAUGAUUGAGAUUCUGCUCUACCAGAAAAACAAAGAAUUUAAGACAGUGGUCAAUCAGUUCAGUGGCAGUGCCAGGAAGGAUCUGAGAGAUGCUGUGUGCGAGUAUGCCGAUUUUUGUGAGGGAAAGGUCAAAACCGGCAACGAACAAAAUACCAACACAACAAAUUUGAAUGCAGCAAUCGAUAAGACGUCGGUGGAACCGUUAACAAUCAUUGCGCAUGGUUCUGGCAUUGCGAAAACUGCACCCAACUCCCCUGUCAAGCCGAUAACAGUUUCUGCCAAAACGGGUUUGCAAGAGGAUAUGGUAGAAGAUAUUACAAGGAUCGACUGUGAACAAAACAAGAAUUACAAACUGCCGACUACACAAGAGCAGCAAAAUGUGAUACUGCGUUUUACAAAAAGAUAUGCGUUCACUAGUGAGAAGGACUAUAAGAACAAACUGGAAAUGAUGAUGAAAGAUGAAGAGCGUUUGGUUCACGAGCAAGAUUUACUUUCAUACGUGUAUUCAGUUAAAGAGCACAACAAAGUCAUAAAUUUGCAAUUUCUUCGUAUAUUGAGCGAACAAUCGGGCAUUGAUGUAUUUUUGCUUUGUGAAACAUUCGUUAGAACGUUUACCGACGACCGAAUCUUCGAACAACUCCUAACUAUCCUACAGACAUGUGAUGAGAAAAAGACAAUAUUGUAUUUCUUGGCGUUCAUCAGGAAGCACAAAAAGGGAAAGCUUUUUGAGUGUGCAGUCAAAAUUUUGAGGGGAAUAAUCAAGAACUGCUCCGUAGAUUUAGAGCUCUUUGACAGUAGCAGAUAUAUGGGAAAAGAAAAGCAGUUAUUGGCCGAAUUGAGAGACGCGAUCGGUCGAAAUAAUCAUAUAAUUCGAGAAAAUAGACAAAAACAGCGUUUUAGAGAAGCGAAAAUCAGAGAAACAGAAAAGAAGGAUGUUGUCAAUGAGCAUUUGGAUGAGCAAAAGAUCGAGUACGCUGUCGUAGAAAACGAUAAGUCUAUAAAUUCAGUGGCAACGGGUGCACCUGAAGUAAAAGUUGAGCAAAAAGAUGUAUCUAAUGAUCCAGGGAGUUUAUCAGGCAAUCAUGAGGAGGGAGAAUUUCAUAUACAGAAUUUUCAACCGUUCGUACAAUAUUCGCAAAGGAAAAAGGAUGGAAAAGAUUUUGAAAAUUAUUUUACAGAAGAUAUAAAAACAUUAUUUGAGGCGAGGAGGAUCGAAGCAAGUGAUUUUAUCAUAAAACAUAUUUUUGAAGAAAAGGAGUGCUUGUGUGGAAGAAAGGAGAGUACUGAUUGCUGUUUAAGAGAGCUUAUUUCAUACUUCACUGCAUGUAACUAUGUUUUAAGCUCAUAUGAGGCUGAGAAAUUGGUGCAAAUGAUCAAGGAUGAAAAAUUGUUGCGAACGAUGGAAAGAAUAUACCCAAAGACUAAAAUAAUGAUGCUGAAAAAUGAGAUGAGUAAUUUUAAGAACCACAUUGGGCGAUCUUUUAGAAUGAGGGAGUAUAACAUGUCGCCUCUGACAAAGAAGAAUAGAAUCAUGGCAGAUGGGAACAUAAAAAUAGGGAGAUUGAGUAUUAAGAACGACACGCACAUACAGGGGGUGCCAACAUUUUCGCUUCAUAAUGAGGUUAUUCGUAGUAGAAAGCUUAGCUCGGAGAAAUUUGACAAAAAGGAAGGGAACAGCUAUUACACAAUUACGGAUAAAUCUUUCAAUGACUCAUUGAAUAUUGAUGGUUCGCUCAACGAUUCACCGAUCCGAAAAGACGGCGUGGGGUCCCCCGCGCUGUCAACUAGAAAACGCUCGUUGGAAAGCUCUCCUCGUUCGUUCCAGAAGUAUGAACUUUUCAGAAAGAGCUUUGAGAAAAGGCUUUCAACCACCACACAAAAUGACUGUUUGAUCAGUGACUUGAACAAAAAAGACAAAAGUGUUCUCCAAACUAUAUAUGAACGAGCAAAAAAUGAUAUAGCCUCUCUUUUCUAUGUUGCUAAUUCGCUGGUAACGGGACUGGUCAGCAAUUUGGACGAGAAAAUUGCGAUUGACAUUUUGAUGCUUCUAUCGUCGGACAAAAGUUUCCUAUCAGAGCUGGAUUACAUGACAUUGAAGAUGUUGCACUCAGAGAUAAUUAAGGACAUCCAAGACAAAGGUGGUGACAUUCUCAUUAACCUUUGUUUGAAUGCGCCUGUACCAUUGCUCAUCAAAGUGUACCUAAAUAUACUUAAUGUUAACAAAGAAAUAAUACUCAAGCUUAUAUGGCGCAACUCCAAGCGAAAAUAUGCAUCAGAGUAUGUAGAGAUAAUAAAUGUGUAUGAGUGCUUUUUUAGCACGAAUCCCGUCUUGGACGAGAUGUCGUUCAAAAUUGUGCAGUUGCAUGUAUGUGAACUUGUUAGAGAAGUGGGAGAAAAGGUUUUAGAACUGCCCACCUCCGGAGUUUUAAGAAAAAUUUUAUGUGGUAUGUUAGAGCAUACAUAGCAGUAACGAUUGUAAAAACGGACGGAUCAUGGAAUAUAGCGUGUUGCAAUAAAUCAGCUAAUAAACUUGGUUGUGCCGCUGACUAAAAUUCUUGCUGGAUGGUAUUUAACGGCUGUAAAAAGUGUUGUUAGGGUACAAACAGAGGAGAAGCGG